GGGCUCUUCUUCUUCUUCUGUGCCCGUCCACUCUGACGGGCGCGCGCCUCUCGGCGAGCGCGUGUAUGUCUGUCGUGUGGCAGUUUCUGGAGGCAGAAGAAGACGGCGACGAAGCAACCGCCGCCGCCGCGCCGCGCCGUGCUAUGUCCCUGGACUCAGUCCUGCCCCCUAAAGUGGAGAUGAGCCAGACCCGAGGAAAGGAGAGCAUCUCUUAAGACUCCCGAGCCAGGAUGGCGCACCUGCGGCAGCCCCUGCCUCUCCUGGUGGUGAUGCACAGCUUCCUCCCGCUUAUCUUUUGUGAUGCUAAGCAGAUCAUCCAUGCCACAGACUUACUAAACUGGGAAGACAAAGAUCCUGCAGACACACUAGUUGAUAAUGUAGUCAAUUCGAGGAUCAUCAACCCUUUACGCCUCUUUGUUAAGCCAUCCCGAGCACUGAAACAUGGACAGAUGUCAUAUUCAGACAGCAUAGACAACUUUUGGGAUUGGUUAUCCAACAUCACUGAGGUUCAGGAAUCUCUUGCACGAACUAAACGCAGACCAAUUGUAAAAACUGGGAAAUUCAAGAAAAUGUUUGGGUGGGGUGACUUCCAUUCUAACAUCAAAACUGUGAAGCUGAAUCUUCUCAUAACAGGGAAAAUUGUUGACCAUGGCAAUGGAACCUUCAGUGUUUAUUUCCGGCACAAUUCCACAGGCCUCGGAAAUGUUUCUGUGAGCUUGGUGCCACCUUCCAAGGUGGUGGAGUUUGAAUCCUCACCACAGUCAACGCUAGAGACCAAGGAGUCCAAGUCUUUCAACUGUCGAAUUGAAUACGAGAAAACGGAUAGAGCUAAGAAAACUGCAUUGUGUAAUUUUGACCCUUCGAAGAUCUGCUACCAAGAGCAGACACAAAGCCAUGUGUCCUGGCUGUGUUCUAAACCAUUUAAAGUCAUCUGUAUUUACAUUGCUUUUUACAGCGUUGAUUACAAACUGGUGCAAAAAGUCUGUCCUGAUUACAACUACCACAGUGAAACACCGUAUUUGUCAUCUGGAUGAUAC